UCGAACUGUUGAGUGAAGAUUAAUGUUCAGUCGGUUCAGUCGUUCAGUCAACGAUCGAACCAGCAGCAAAUAGAAUGUGCUGUCAUACAGAUACAUGACCGACGACUUCGAUAACAGAGUGAUAUAGUCAAUUCUCAUCGCGACAGCUACAAGCGAGAAGAUGUAUUCUUUACGAGCUCUCUGCCAAGUCGUACGAGCUCGACAGACAAGACUGAUCUCAAAUUAUCCAACAUUGAGGGAGUCCAAGCCUACCACAAAUGUAACCAGCAAUGUUCAAGAACCUAGCCCCCAACAAGAUUCAAAUGUUGAAUCUGUAUUGGGUCCAAGAAUGUACGAACCAACUAAAUGGGAUAAGAAGGUUCUUGUGUGGAUGAAAAGAUUUAGAAAUGUCGACGAAAUACCUGCAAAAAUUUCAACUGAAACUAUGAACAAGACACAAAGCAGAUUCAGAAUCCGCAUUGCCAAUUUAAUGAUGAUUGCUACAGUGAUUGGAGUAAUGGUCAUGGUCUACACUGGCAAACAAGCCCAGAAAAGAGGAGAGACCAUUGAUCAACGGAACCUUGAUUGGCACAAAGAAGUGCAGCGAGAAUAUCAAAAAAGUUUAGCUACUGCAGGAGAAAAAAAGUAGUAAAUACCUCUAAAAUAUUUUUCAUUGAGUGAAUUAGUGUUAAAUCGAUUAUGGUUGAUUCUCACACUCUAUAGAUUGCUAUAUUUUCGUUAAUUGAUUCUACUGGACAAACAUUUUGUGUUGUAUGUUCAAACUGCGUGUGCCAGAUCAAUCAAUAAGAUAUAAUAUAUGUGUAUUCAUCGCUUGUAAUAUCGAAAGUAACGUAACUUGGUUUUGCUAAAUACCUGAGAAUACUUGAAUUAAAUGCUCUAUUUUGAAAGGUAGAAUACAUCAUUA